UGUUGCACUGUGACAUGCAGCAUGAUUGCCAAUUUGUAGUUUUGGAAGUCCGGUCCAAAGACAAGCGCUUACAGUAGAAGUUAUAGUGUAAGCAAGCACUUCAGGGACAUCAGAUCAAGUUUCACACACAGUUGGCUAUCACAAAGAGAGUCACACCAGAGAACGAUUCUACUAAAAGAAGUAGAAGGCGAGUCCUAGAAAGCAGAAAGCGUGCUUCAAAUUAAAUUAUUUGAUUUAGAGCAGUGCAGGUACGAGAGAAAGAGGAUAUUGCUCUUUUAUUUACCGAUAUUCAUUCGUGACAGUGCGAAGCCUGGAUGAUGAAGCUGAUGCUCGUUCUUCUUCCUGGCAAGAAGUAACACGAAUUUGGGGUGCGGUGUGGUAGCUGACUUUCUCAGGUCUCGUCGUGUACCUGAUGUGCUGCACGUAGUACAUCUUAGUACGUGAUCCAUGUCUUCUCUAGGACGCCAUUGCCGGACCAGCGGAGGUGCCCUGGCGAAUAUUUGGCUCAGGCAUGUGAGGAAUUCAGUCAGAUGGCUUGCUGCCAGCAGUUGCCACAUGCACGGUCGGCGGCGUAUGAAGCCUACUCUCUAUAAGCUUGAGCCAGUCCGUCAUGGCCCUGUUGCAGAUGGGUAUGAUGCCCAGGUCAGUGCAUCUAGUGAUGAAACAACACACGGUGCCUGCUCUGAGGAAGAGACAGUGCAAUACUGGACAGAUGCCCGGCAAGCGCUUGUCAACCACAUCGAAACAGACGUGUGCUACGACAGAUCUAUGACGGAAGAUGCGUCUUUUCUUGGCGGUGUCCAUGGCUCACGAUCUGGUGAUAUUUUUCGGCAUUUAUAUAAUGGCGAAUCUGUUUUGCCGUGCGUUGACAAUGUUAAAAAGGAAGUGAAAUAUUUCACAUUUCUUCAUCUUGUGGGGAUGACAGAAGCUCCCACAGUCCAGGUAUUCGCCCCAUGGCUGCACCAAACAACACAGGUGAGGAAGCAAACGGUGUCUAUAGAGAAGGCAGAUGACCGGAUCGUCGCUGUUGUCAGGCUCAGGACACAGGAAGAUUUAGAGCAAGUAAAGUCAAGGAUUGCUGGAAAAGAGUUUGAAGGCUGUCUGAUUGAGGUCAUGGAUCAGUUGCGACGAGGAAAACCGCUACCGUUCGAGGAAGGUUGCUUUGUGAAGAACGACGGCUGGCGAUCCAGUUUCAUUGAUGAAAAUGUGCCUGAAAACAUAUUGGAGGACAAAGCAGAAAUAAUCUCCCUCAUAUUCGCUCGUUUACGUCACUUCUCGCCCGAGGAGCAACGCAAGAUCAAGAUGAAAGACUGUAGGAAAGACUUGAGAGAAUUGAGCGAGCUGCUGUUGCAAGUUGGAGAGCCUGAUUGGCUAGCAUCACAGAUGGCGAAGUAUGAUGGCUUUCCAUGCCGCCUUGUCAACACCAUGAUACCAUCGGUUUAUUACCACCACUACCGGAACAAGAGUAUAUACCUCAUGAGCUCCUCCCAACAGUCCGACGACGAACUAAUUGUUGGCUACCACGACGGCAGUAUAGAUGAAGACCGCCACUUUCGAGCCUUUCCGCGAUACAAGUGCACCACCAUGAGGGCUGUUAUGCACAGCUUAUCUCAGGCACUGCAAGAUUGCUUACGUCAAUCCAAGAACUUCACGUACUACCGACACUUUCCACGCAUGGGGGAAUACCAAUUUCUGACGGUGCGUAGCAGUACAGAGGGCGAAAAUGUCGGUAUCAUCAUCAUGGAUGGACAGCAUAUAAAAAUGGAGCAAGUAGAUGAAGAGUGCAAGCAUAUCAAGGCCUACUUCACUGAAGGUCCUGGAAAGCUGUCCGGUCUGACUGCCUGCUUUCUGAUGCUUACUGAGGCCUGGACAUCGGGCAAUCAGGUGAUGGAAGGGUAUCACCACUGCUUUGGCCAUAUGUAUCUGUGGGAGAAGAUGCUUGGGCUUACGCUACGCUGCUCUCCUAAUGUCUUUUUUCAAAGCAAUGUUCCGUGCACCGAGAUACUGUACACCAUAGUUAACAAGUGGCUCAACCCGAACAAGAACACCACCUUGAUUGAUGUUGGCUGUGGUGUCGGCUCAGUGGCCUUGACAAAUGCUAAGUUCUGUAAACACGUUCAUGGUAUUGAGAAAUCACAUCAAGCUAUCUUGGACGCCAAGUUCAAUGCCAAGCUCAAUGGCAUAGCAAAUGCAACAUUUCAUCGUGGCUUGUUGGAAUCUGUUCUUCCUCGACUACUGGCCGAGUUCGAUGAGGAUGAGGACGUAUGCGCUACUAUUGAUCCUCUCAGACAUGGCUUCACUGACGAGGUCUUCCUAUCUGCACUGCGUACGUUCAAGGUGCUCAAGCGUAUCGUAUUCAUUGCUUGUCGGUUUGAAUCGUCCAAAGGCAACCUUGUGAGCUUGUGUCUCCAGUCCCCAGUCUAUCAACCGGACGAAGGUUUCAGGCCGGUGAAGGCAAUCGUUCUGGACAUGUUCCCGCAAGCACUGGACACCGAGUGGGCCAUUCUAUUGGAGAGAACGUCCGCGGCAGAUUCUGAACCGCCUAGCCGAGAGUCUGUGGAGACAGAGCUGGAUGAGCUGAUGUCCAAUGCUACAAAUGCCUCUGCCACUAGACAAAGUGCAGAGUGAGUGGAUUGGCUGAACUCUCUCUGUUCGUACUAAACCUCAAGCCGCAGUGAGCAGGAACGGGUCUUGCAUGCCACCAUGGCCACCGAUCCCACCAGUGGAUUGUGCUUUGCUACUGACACCAGUCAUACCACCCAGGUACACUCCUAUUUAGCUUGAUGUAUUUGCUCUACGAGUAGCAAUGUCAACAUAGUGAGCCGUACACACUGUGUGGACUGCCUGGCCACUUUGACUCUUUCUGUACUGAAAGAUGGCAACAGCGGUGUGUCAAUGGACAGCGCAUCCUCGAGCUUUUCUGCUCGGACUCAACCAUGCGUGCUGACGCAAGGUUGUCGGGCUGCUGUGGACAUCCAGCUUGCGAUCUCCAUGGUGUCGUCGCAUAUGUGGCGAGCAACCCAAUCCUGUGCAUCUUGCAGUCAGGCAGAGACUCUCGUCACGAGGUAGUGGAAAUGUGUGACAUGCAGUGAUGCCAAUUGUGCUGCUUUAGCAGCAGCACGGAGGACUGUUGCAUUGGAUACUUCAAGUACCACCAUUGGUGUCGUUGCUGUCAAUACCUUGCCAGCAGUAUCCUACCUGGACGACUAGGGAGUAUACUAGUGCAUACAUCACUGUUCUCUUUCAGUGGACCAGCCAGGAUUCAGCGAGUGCUGGUUCCCAGUGGUCACAGCCGAUGGGUUACACAGGCUUGUGUGAGCUAUGUGAAGCAUGACCCGUAGCUCCUCCAUUGGCUGGGUGUAUGAUACUAGUACACUUACACAGCAGUAGCACUAACCCUACUGCAAUUCUGCCAUUCUUUAUUUUUGCACAUGACAGUUACAUCUCUGAACUGUCCCCAUAUAUUCUAUAUCUACUUUGAACUUCAGCUUGAAGUACUUCGCACGUACACAUACUCCUGUCUUUCGCAUAAACAAUACCCGGCAUAGUCCUGGCCGGGCAAGAUUGCUAGUAGAAGCUGAUGUCCAUGGAUUCAAUCUGGCAACAGUUGUCACUGUUGGCUCCAGCAGUUAGUGGACACAAACAUGAUCUGAAGCACAAUGUGUGUUAGUGAUAGGAUUCAAGUCACUGAUUUCAAUGCAGUCGAAUUUCAGCACAAAACACUUCUCCGCUGUUGUCUUUCACAGUGAAGGCACUGAAGCACA